GGGCUUGCCGGGAGAAUCCCGUUCGGGGCCAAUAGACAUGUCAAAAGGAAUCCCAGAUAAGUUCCCCAUCCGCAAUGUAAAGCAUACUGUCGUUGUCGCGUCGGGAAAGGGGGGCGUAGGCAAAUCGACAACAUCUGUCAAUUUGGCCUUGGCAUUGAAACGAAAGGGUCUAUCAGUUGGUAUACUGGAUGCGGAUGUGUUUGGACCAUCAAUUCCUAUAAUGAUGAAUCUGAAAGACCAGCCACCAGUCUCGAAAUCUGGUAAUAUGAUGAUGCCCCUGCUAAACUAUGGUGUUCACUGUAUGUCCAUGGGGUUUCUGGUGAACAAGAAUGACGCUGUGGUGUGGCGUGGUCUAAUGGUUAUGUCAGCGCUCAAGCAGUUGUUAAGGCGUGUGCAAUGGCCAGAGCUCGAUGUGCUGGUAAUAGACAUGCCGCCGGGCACCGGGGACACGCAAUUGUCUAUCAGCCAAGAGAUUACCAUCGAUGGUGCAGUAAUUGUAUCGACGCCGCAGGAUUUAGCGCUUGCAGAUGCCCGUAGGGGAGUGACAAUGUUCCACAAAGUCGAUGUGCCCAUCUUCGGCGUGGUGCAGAACAUGAGCCACUUUGAGUGUCCUAAGUGCUCGCACACGACACACAUAUUUGGAAGAGACGGCGCAGUGGUGGCAGCGAAAGAGAUGGGGACUGGAAUCAUUGGUGAGAUUCCUCUGGACAUUCAAAUCAGGGAGUGUGCUGACAACGGUACGCCUCUUGUGAUUGGGUAUCCGGACAGCCCUCAGACUAAGGCUUACAUGACUUUGGCUGAGAACGUCAUGAAGCACCUGAAACUCUCUGAAGUAUCUUCCUGAUCGAAGCAGAUUAACUUCUCCAGAUCUGCCGUGCGCUUUGAUACCGUUUGGUAUUUGCGAUUUUCACUGCGAUCGACGCUACACGAUACUAUCUUCCGAUCACAUCCGCUUCGGACUGAAUGUGAUGUAGGUUUGAGAUGGAAGUCGCCACGUCGCAUAAUUUACACACAUAGGUGCAGCCCGCGACUAUCGUGCACUUACCGUGUCUUGGAAUGGAUACUAUCGAAAACCACCGAUCACACCCAAACUUUAUGACAGUAAGGAUUCGUUCUCAGAUUGAACCGAAGCUAUACCUGAACUAUAUAGAAGUGUUCUGCUUGCAAGUCUGGGUUGGUUUCCCCUCGUGUGUUCACAGCCGGUCUCUCGCCGUGUCCACGUUUGUGGUUUCGCCUAUGUAGGAAUUUGGCGUGUGUUAUAAGGUGUUAUGAGCCGCUGAUGUGGCUCAGACAGGUGCUACAAAUAAUUAAGGCCUGCUACGAAAGUCAGCGUGCAUCGCGUGCAGCAACUAGUAAUCCUCUAAAUGAACAUAGAUGAUAAUGGGGUGGUGUUGGUUUGAAACUAGCCUUGAUCGACGAGACUAUCGUCGACCUGCGCAAAGUGCGCGGUGUCUCAUUCCCAGAAGCACUAUAGCUGCAACCAGAAAAAAAAGAAUCGUGCUAAGUCAUUCAAGAGUGUCUUUCGGAUGAAAAUUUUACGUGGGUACUGCCGCGAUCGAAAGUCGUGCACGCAUGGAUUUGGACUUUUUUAUUAUAAGUGGUCCAUGUAGAGAUUUCGAUUGUAAACAAUGGAUCCAAAAAUAAAUUCAGCCCUAUUUGAGGCAUGCAUAUUAAAGAG